UUUGGGGGUGCAAGGAAACGUUCCAGAGAAGGGAUGGCUCAUUUGACAUGAAUUUGAUCAGGAACAGGACAGAGCAAAGACGUCCAGGAAAGAAAGGAAAAGAGGAAGAGGUCAGGAAUCCCUUGCAUCUGCAGCAGGAACUCAAGGAAGACCUCAAAUCCUUCUGGAGGACUCCUCAGCCUUUUGUGUGGACAAACAGCAGAGUGAGGUGGUUGAUGGCCCAUCGGGUGCUGGUGAUCGGCAGUGGGGGCAGAGAACACGCCCUGGCCUGGAAGUUGGCGCAGUCCCCGCACGUGAAACACGUGUUUGUGGCUCCAGGGAAUGCAGGCACGGCCGACAGUGGAAAAAUCUCCAAUUCAGCUGUCCUGGUGAGCAAUCACACCAUUGUCACCCAGUUCUGCAAAGAUCACAACAUUGGACUCGUGUUGGUUGGAGAGGAAGCUCUGCUAGCAGCUGGGAUUGUUGAUGACCUGAGGGCAGCAGGAGUUCGGUGUUUUGGCCCGUCUGCCAAGGCGGCCCAGCUGGCAUCCAACACCAGUCUCACUAAAGCCUUUCUGGAGCGGCACGGGAUCCCAACAGCACGAUGGAAAGCCUUCAGCAAUGCCCAGGAAGCCUGCAGGUUUAUCAUCAGCACGGACUUCCCUGCGCGAGUGGUGCGGGCGAGGGGCCCUGCGGCCAGGAAGGAGGUGACCAUCACAACCAGCAAGGAGGAAGCCUGCAGAGCUGCCCAGGAGAUCAUGCAGGACAGAAUGUUUGGAGAGAUGGUUGUUAUUGAAGAACUUCUUCAAGGGGAAGAACUUUCUUGCUCAUGUUUCACGGACGGCGUCACCAUCGCUCCCAUGCCCCCGGCCCAGGCACACAAGCGGCUGCUGGAUGGGGACCAGGGCCCCAACACUGGAGGGAUGGGAGCCUAUUGUCCAGUCCCUCAGGUUCCAGAAGAUCUUCUGGAGCAGAUCAGGGGUUCAAUCCUCCAGCACGUCGUGGAUAGCAUGAGGCAAGAAGGAACAGCCUACGUGGGUGUGCUGCAAACAAGUUUAAUGCUGACCAAAGAGGGGGUGAAGAUUUUAAACUUCAAGUGUCAGUUUGGGGAUCCCCAGUGCCAGGUAAUUCUUCCUCUGCUCAAAAAUGAUCUUUAUGAGGUGAUUCAAGCAGCGAUUGAUGGCAAACUCUGCAGCUUCAGGCCAGCCUGGUCCGAGAGCAGCACGGCCGUGUGUGUGGUCAUGGCCAGCGCAGGAUACCCGGGAGAUUGCGACAGGGGCAGGGAGGUGACAGGUAACCCUCGCGAGGUGAUCGUUGUUUGGGGAAAAAGGGCAGAUUUGGGGGGAGGGGGCUGGUUGGGAGGGCGAAAGGGCAGAUUUGGGAGGCUGAGGCAGGUCUGGGGGUGA